AUGGGAAGCAAAGGUCGAAUUCCACCUGCACAUCUUCGUCGACCACUUCCCGGACCCGACCCGUUUGGUCCGGGCAUACACCCGCCCCAUGGUGCCUAUCCUCCAUUUGAUAUGUUGCCUCCUCCACAAGUUAUGGAGCAGAAGUUGGCUGCACAACAUGUCGAGAUGGAAAGGCUUGUAACUGAGAACCAGAGACUUGCUGCCACCCAUGGAACCUUGAGACAAGAACUGGCAGGUGCUCAACAUGAGUUGCAGAUAUUGCAUGCCCAGAUAGGUGCUAUCAAGUCUGAGAGAGAACAGCAGAUGAGGGGCCUUGUGGAUAAAAUAGCCAAGAUGGAAGCUGAGCUGAAGUCAGCAGAGCCUGUUAAGUUGGAGCUACAGCAGGCUGGAGCUGAAGCCCAAAACUUGGUUGUGUCAAGGCAAGAACUCAUUGCCAAAGUGCAACAACUCAGUCAGGAUCUUCAGAGGGCUCAUACAGAUGUGCAGCAGAUUCCUGCUUUGGUAUCACAGCUUGAUAGCCUGAGGCAGGAAUAUCAGCAUUGCAGGGCGACUUAUGACUACGAAAAGAAAUUAUACAAUGACCACCUUGAAUCACUUCAGGUCAUGGAGAAGAACUAUGUUACCAUGGCUAGGGAGGUGGAAAAGCUCCGAGCAGAGUUGCUGAAUAAUUCUAAUGUUGAUAGAAGAACUGGUGCUCCUUAUUAUGGAACUCCUGGAAAUAAUGAAAAUGAGGCUACUGGGCACACAAUAGGACAAAAUGCUUAUGAAGAUAGCUAUGGUGUUCCCCAGGGACGUGCCCCCUUCCCUCCUCCUGCUGCUGCUGCAGGUGGUGGUGGUGGUGGUGCUACAGCUGCUGGAACUCCUCCAUUAGUGGGAGCUCAACCUGGACCACCUGGAAGGACUGUUUACGAUGCACCAAGAGGGCCUGGUUACGAUGCACCAAGAGGGCCUGGUUAUGAUGCCUCUGGAGGAUCUGGUUAUGAUGCACAGAGAGGACCUGGUUAUGACGCACAAAGAGGAGCUCCCUAUGAUGCACAGAGACCUGGAUAUGAUGUACAAAGACCAAAUUAUGAAGUGCAAAGAGGUCCCGGUUACGAUCCAUCACGGGGUGUCAACUAUGAUGCACAGUCUAGAGGUGCUGCUGGUCCUCAAGGACAUAUGCCUACAAGCAAUGCGCCUUAUGGUUCCGCAACACCACCUGCUCGUGGUGGAAGUGGGUAUGAGGCACCACCACCACGAGGAGGGGGAGGGGGCAACCCUGUUCGAAGAUGA